UGUUCAAGUGAAGCUACAUCGACUAUGUAUAGAGCGACUGUCGUCGUAUUGCUGUUGGUCAGCAUAUCUGUCCAAGCCGAGGAUUCUGCAGGAAGCGAGCUUGACAGAUUAAAUAGCGACAUCGGAAACGAGUUUGAAACAGUGAGAAAGAUCGAAGAAGAUCGGAAACAUGCAGAGACCGAGUCAGACGACGAUGACGACGAUGAUGCGCACACAGACGACGUUCAACGUCUCAACUCCACUGAGCGAGAUAUGCUAGAAAAGGCAAUUAGAAACCUAACAGAAGAACUCGAAAUGCUCGAAGAUCAAAUCAAUACGACUCGACCACGGAACUCGCGAUCAGCUGAACAAUCGGAAACGGAGAAUCUCGAAAAGAGAAAGUUGGAGAUAAGACUGGGCUUGAACGUUCUAACAGCAAUCAAAAUCGUCGAUGAUGAAAUUGUCAACAAAGAGCUGGGGUUGACUGCAGAGACCAGACGGAAACGAUCUUUGGAACGCAAGUCGUUGCUGGCGGCUAUCGACGAGGAGCUAGAGACCGGAAGCAAAGUGUUAGGAAUUAAGAAAGACACGGAAGUACCACAGCACAGUCGCACUAAACGAGCCACUCUACAACAACUGGCUAAGCAGACCUGCUCACUUAGCCGCGAUUUUGUGACAUCAAGAUACAAGAAGGCAAAACGUCUUGGUAAAACGAUUCAGGUUUCAAAAGGGGGCAAGAUUGGCGUCUUCCUGACGGCUUCCGCAAACAUUGCACACACCUACGGACCUCAAGGCGAAUUUGGUUGCACAGCCACCUCCUGUACGGGUUGGUCGACUAACAUUGGCGUUUCUGUAACAACGACGGAGGGCUACUAUGAAAACUUCGACGACGUCGACGGAAAGUCUCUAAUUAAAAUGUGGUCAGUAUCAAUUUUACUCAGAACGUGGACAUAUGGUUCUAUCUAUGAACAGCCAGGAGGUAAAAAGAUAGGUUAUUUGACUAGAACAAGUCGGGGAUUGAUGUUGCUGCCCGUAUCGUAUGCCGAAAUGAAAUGCAUCAGCAUGGUUAAGCCACCCUGCAGUCCCGUCACAAUGUCUUACACAGAAAAGUAUUAUGUUUCCUGUGGAUGGAGCCGCUGCGCCAGAUACAGGAAAAGUUACAGGUACGAGUACCCGUGCUGAAGAGGAGAAUUUUACGACGGUUGGAUAGCAGAGACAAUCGCUGAAGCUUAGGGUAUAUUAGCUGCUUGACACAGAAUAGUUGCAAAUUUGCUGUGAUUGUUUGACGUAAUGCUAUUGCUGCUGCUGCUGCUGCUGCUACUGCUGCUGUUUUUGUGUUAUGUUGUAGCUGAA